AUAGGCUUUGUCACGGUUGCUUAUGACUUAUGAGUAAUGGAUUCAAUAAGAAAGGAAACAGAGUGCGGUGGAAAGGAGGACUUGUCCUCUUCUCUGCAAAUUCAUCAACAAAAAAAACACUGAAAUAAUCAAAUACGAACAUUUUUACAAAACCCCAUUUGAGAGCUAGCUGCAACACCUAUUAAGGUGAAAAAUCAAAUCUAGAAUCAUGCCCUCUUUCAUGAGCUGCUUUUGUUUCAAAAAAAUUUCCCAAACUGUUAAAAGAGUUGGGUAUGAGGAUCCAAAAAUUCUUGCUUCACAAACGGCCUUUACUGUAAAUGAAGUGGAGGCCUUGUAUGAUCUGUUCAAGAAACUAAGCAAUUCCAUAGUUGAUGACGGUUUAAUCCACAAGGAAGAGUUCCAGCUUGCACUCAUGCAGAACAGCAGAAACCAAAACUUUUUUGCAGACAGGGUAUUCACUUUGUUUGAUAUUAAGCGUAACGGGGUAAUUGAAUUUGGAGAGUUUGUUAGGUCAUUAAGCAUCUUCCAUCCAAAAGCUGCAAUAGAAGAUAAGAUUUCAUUUGCAUUUAGAUUGUACGAUCUACGAGAGACUGGAUAUAUUGAGCGCCAAGAGUUGAAAGAGAUGGUAUUGGCUCUUUUAAAUGAAUCAGAUUUACUUCUUACAGAAGAAGCCGUUGAAUCAAUUGUGAAUAAGACAAUGAUGGAUGCAGAUACAAAAGGAGAUGGGAAAAUUGAUGAAGAAGAGUGGAAAGAAUUUGUAGCAAAUCAUCCAUCUCUCAUAAAGAACAUGACUCUUCCAUAUUUAAUGGACAUAACCAUGGCAUUUCCAAGCUUCGUGUUGAAUUCAGAAGUUCGAGAUUAGAAGAAAAACACACUGCAAAAACCAGAUAUACAGUCUGAGUCACUUUUUAUCUUAUAAGAUGCUCUGAAGAAAAACAAAAAAACUAUGACUCUCAUGAAUUUCUUGCUUUCUUUAUUACAAUCUUGGUUGCAGAAGGAUUGGGAGAGCCAGAGAUGUUAUAAAGGAACUAACAAAGCGUUAAGCCAAAACGAGUUUAAAAAGUUUUUGUAAUACGCAGACAUAAAGUUUUGUUUCUAUCAAAAUUGUUGUCAAUUGUAAAUUAGAUUUUUUUUUUUUAUUUUUUUUUUUUUUG